UUUUUGAAAUCCAACAGAACCAUCGGCGAACAACAGAAGAGUGAAAAUUGUAUCGUACAGUGAAGUAAAUUUACCUCAUAUAUGUGGUAUGGUUAAAUACAUCUGAGUACAUUUUAUGCAAACCGAGGGGAUCGUUCUUCAGCUGAAGUUUUAUAUCGAAGGUCAAGAUGAGCCGGAGACCCAGCAGCAGAUAUUCCGAGAUGCCUAUGCGUGUGACGGACAGCAGAAUGAGUCUGGUCAACGCCACACCUCAAAAUAAGGACAAUGUCUUUGGCAAGCUGAACAUACCUAAACCUCAGUCCAGCACGUCUGAGAGACGAACUAGCUUUUUCGGAAAAGGCAUUGGGGCAGGUGGCCAGAGGACCAGCAUGUUUGGGGCAUAUGGGGGCCCAGAGAAGAUGAAAGACCCCAGUCCCUUACAUGACAAAGCUUUUGUCCAGCAGUGUAUUAAGCAGCUUUGUGAAUUCCUGGCAGAGCGGGGCUUCCCAGGCAGCAUCACAGGAAAGGCUCUCCAGUCACCAUCCACAAAAGAGUUUUUAAAGAUAUACGAGUUCAUCUACACUUUUCUGGAGCCCUCUUUUCAGAUGCCUACUGCCAAGGUUGAAGAGGAGAUCCCGAGGAUGCUCAAAGAUCUGGGAUACCCGUUCGCACUGUCAAAAAGCUCCAUGUACUCCAUUGGUGCUCCUCACACGUGGCCUCAGGCUCUCGGGGCUCUUAUCUGGCUCAUCGACACAGUCAAGCUGUUCAGUGGUUUGAGAGAGCAGGGUCUGCUGUUCUCUGACUUCUCAGAUGAACUUUGUGAUCUAGAGGAAGGGGCAGAAUACAACAAGCUUUUCAUUGACUACUGCUCAGACACCUACAACAAGUUCAUGCAUGGAGCAGAUACGUUUGAGGAUGAAGAAGACGACUAUCUUAAUAAACUAAAGAGACUGUAUAAUGUGGAUGAGGCGCUAUUACACUCUCAGCAAGAGAAACAUGAGAUGCUGAUGGAGCACGUGGAGAGGCUCGAGAGAGAAAGCCAAACCGAUCGUUUGGUAGGAAAGAGGACCGAGAAGCUUCGAUUACAGGCUGAUCUGCAGAAGCUGCAGAAUUACCGCUGUACUCUAGAGGCUCACAAAGCCGGACUGGAGAAAAAAGCUACAGGACUGGCUGAGGAGCUGGAGGCUGCUGAGGUGCAGUUGGACGGUCUAAAGCAGGAGAGGACGAGACUGCAGCACAUCCUGGAGAAUCAGAAGUUCACUCCCGCUGAUAUUGAGCGGAUUAACCGAGAGAGGAAUGAACUGCAGCAGACUGUUACCGGUCUAAACCAGAGCCUAGAGGAGGCGGAGCAGCUGGUGUGGAACGAGGAGGUCAACUUAUCCAAAACCAAAGAGAAGGCAGAAUUGAAGGUCACUGAAUAUAACAAACUGGGUCGUAAACUGAAGCUCAUCCCUCAGUCAGCAGAGAACGCCUGCGGUCAUGACUUUGAGAUCAGAACCGACUAUAGUGCCACCACCAUCACACAGUACAAGACACAGAUACAGAAUCCUCUGAAGAACAUGUUGGUUGACGUGGAGGACGAGUGCAGCAGACUCACUAAUGUGAGGCUGAGUUUGGAAGAGGCUGUUGAACAGGUGAAGUCCAACAUCUUUGAUAAGGAGAAUGACCUCAAACAGCUCAAGGAACAGAUCCGCAGAGUCGACCUGCAGCUGGAACACGAAAUGCAGGAAAUGGCCCAGGAGGAAGAGAAGUGGGCAGCCGAGGUGGAUUCUGCUGAAAAUCACAAGAAGCGUCUGGAGGUGAAAGUAACGCAGGGAUGUGAGCAGGCUGAGGAGGAACUCAAAGCUGCCCAAAAACAGUAUCACCUCGUCGUGCAGGAGACCAGUGAAGAGAACCGCAUGGUCUUCAAAACUCUGACGGACAUCAUCACCUCCGCAGUAAACCACCUGUGUGCUGUUGAAAAGCAGUGCAACGAGCAGCUGAAAAGGUUCGAUAAGAUGAAAGACGUUAUCCGAGAGGAUGAGGCUGACCUGGUAAAGCUGACUGAUCUAGUGGAAAACUUCAUGAACAAAGCCAACAGCUUUUAAAGCCUGACACGUAUGAUUUGUAAAUAUUUAAAAGUUGUUAAACUAAUGUCAAAUUCUGGCAUAAUGGGGUAAUGGAAAGAUUUUGCUGUAGAGAAACAUUCUUUGUAUUUAUCCUGUAUUUACAUGUUUGAUUACAAAAAAUAAA